AUGGAAGAUGUCACCGUGUCGUCGUUCUCGCUCGGCAGGGGCGAACAGCUGUCGCUGCUCCUGGGGGCCGCCGUCGCGAUGGUACUCUCCGCAGUCUUCCUGAUCAGUAUGGCGAUACGCGUCGGCGGCUCGGGGUUCUAUCGAGCAUUGUGCUGCGCUCAUGAGCCUGGGGACCCAGCCACCAGGCAUCUCAUUGACGAGAAGCUGGGCCAGGAGCGGCGGGACUCUGCCAAGGGCAUAGGCACAAUGGUUGCCUUCUGGGGCAUGGUAAAUUGCAUGCUGCUGAUCAUUAACCACAUCGCUGCUAACCCGCGCUGGAUGACCGUCGGACAAGACGUCUCUCUUAUCAUGGCGACCCUCCUUGCUGUAGGCAGCAUCUGCUGGCUGCAGCGCACCAGGAAAGCUCUCGUUGUUUCCCUUGUCUAUGUCUGCUUCAUGCUGUUAUCGACAUGUUUUGUUUGCUUCUCAAGUGCCUCGCAGGGGCUCUUCCUGGUGGUUGCCAUCGCUGCCAAAUUCUUUCAGGGGCUUACCAGCAUCGCUGUCACCAGCCCUGCUGUGAGUGUCUUCAUGAUCAUGUUCCACGGUGUGUGCGUCAACUUUGCAUACGUCCUCACAGAGGCACCGCCCUGUGAGGAGGCGUUCUCAAUGAGUCAGACCACCUUCGCCGUCAGCGAGUCCCUCUGCGGCGCUUGCAUUAUUGUGCUGACGAUGCUUUGGAAGCGCUCUUGCAUCUUGCGGAUCUCCAACGAGCUCAACUGGCUGAUCUCUCAGAGCGAAUCCGUGGCGGCCAGGUGUCUCCUAAAUACGAUCUGCGACGCGACGGUGGAGCUUGACGAGAACCUGGACAUCGUUGGGAGUACUUUCAGGCUCGCGGCCAUGCUUAACCAUGGCCCUAACAGGUCCCUUCAGGGCACGAGCGUGGUGAACUUUGUGGAUGCUGCAGACCGGGACACGUUCCGCGAUCAGCUCGUGAGUGCAAAUGCAGCGGCGGAGCAUGACCUGGCCAGAGUCUGCAACGUGCGCGUUCGCGACAGCAUCAACAACACAUUCGGCGUGGAGAUGUUUAUUGUCUGCGUUGCGAGCCCGAUGACCAGCACGUCUUACUUGAUUGGCGGGCGCGAGGUCGUAGACUUCGAGUCCAAGAGGAUGCUGGCCAGCAGCGCCCCGCAUUUCCGCGUGGCGGGCCCGGGCCCGGGCCCGGCGGAAGAGGGCGGAUAUUCGGCUUCCACCCCGACAAACAGCGAGAUGCAGGACCCUGACGAGGACAGGGUUGCCAUCUGCUUCGACGCUUGCAGCGACGCCUUCAAAAUCAGGCGCGCGACGCAUGGAUUCAUGGUCUUCCUCGGCCGGAGGGACAAUUGCUUCCUGCGCUGGCUGCGUCGCUCCGAGGUGGAGCCAUUCGUCUCGUGGGUGCAGCUGACCCUCAACAACAUGCUGCAGUGGCUCCGGCAGUCCGAUGCGGGCCCGAGCCCAGAGCCGGCCGUGUACCCCGAGGAGCUGCACUGGCGGCCCAGGUCCAUGGGGAAAGCCGGGUUCGGCUUCGCAUCCUCCGUGGUGCUGGACCUCCCCCCGGACCAAGCCAGCGCGACCGUCGUGCGGAUCACCUUCACGGACGUCCAGCUGGUCAGAUGGGCUUCCGAGCCGUUGUAG